GAAACACUACCACUAGAUGAACGGGCGAGAUAUUCUUUCACGAAGAGUCACGUAAAAUGAACCCAACCAGACGCUUACUGAUGCGUUCGCUUUCCUCACUUUGCAGAAAGCCUUUCCCAAUCCCCCGUCCUGGGCCUCUUUUACCCCCAAACGAGCCCGCGGACGAAGAAAGAUGCCCAGGAUACUGCUCCACGGACUUCUAUCCCGCGAAGCCUGGAGAAGUACUCGCCGAUCGUUAUCAGAUCCUCGUCAAGGUUGGCUGGGGUACCACCUCUACCGUAUGGUUUGCUCGUGAUAUGCGGGGAAAUGAAGACGAACCGGAGGGCGUUGUAGCACUGAAGAUAGCCAAUACCAACUCACACGCAGCUGACGUCGCACGCGAAACUGAGCAGUACAUCGCCGAGACAGACUCAUCCCAUCGUGGACGUGCAGUUCUCCGAACAUCUUCAGAAUCCUUCGAGAUUACUGGUCCAGAAGGAAGACAUGUGUGUUUCGCAUAUGAGCCCAUGAGGGAGCCCCUUUGGCUUUUUCAGAGGCGCUUCAAGGAUGAGAUGAUCCCUCUUCCGACUAUCAAGGCCUAUAUUUACAUUCUUCUUGUGGGUAUCGAUUACCUUCAUACGGAAUGCAAGACAGUACAUACGGAUCUGAAGCUUGAGAAUAUCAUGGUCUCAUUUGAAGACCCAGCGGUGAUGGGCGACUUCAUGAACGACCAGUUCGACCAACCAAUGGAGUACAAAAUAGACUCCAUAGGCCGACCGGUAUAUCGGCGUCACAACGAUUUUGGGCCCCUGAGACAACUCCGAAAUAUUAUACCACAGAUUGUUGAUUUUGGACACUGUAUAAGGCUCGAUGAUGAUAGCUGUGGUUUGUAUCCUAUCCAGCCAGAGCACUAUCGCGCGCCAGAGGUAAUCCUUGGUUGUGGUUGGAGGAUGAGCACGGAUAUGUGGAAUUUUGGUGUUAUUUUAUGGGAUCUGAUCGAGGGGAAGGAAUUAUUCAGUCAAGUGCAUGACGAGCACGGCAAAUACCAGGCAAAAGCGCAUCUCGCAGAAAUGAUAGCCUUCCUCGGUCCCCCACCUGAAGACCUGAUCGCAAGAUAUCGCUGGAUGCUCGACUACCAAUGGUCUCAUCCUAUCACAACGGCGGACGGUGCCAUCUACAAAAGCUGUGAUCAAUUCUUUGGGGGUCCGUUCUUUAAUAGUGAUGGAGAGUUCUUAUACAAGGACUUGAUUCCGAACAGAAACCUGGCAGAUACACUCCCCUCCCUAGAAGAGAAGGAAAGGGAAAACUUCUUGUCCUUCGUGAAAUCAAUGCUUGCCUGGGUCCCGGAGGAGAGGAAGACUGCGCGUGAAUUGGCCGAGCAUCCGUUUCUUCGACUAACAUAAGCAAUGCGCUGGCGCAGAGCAUAUCGAUAUCAGCAACCACAGGUAUAAUCGCCAACAUCUGAUCUCCACUUCAUUAUGUACUAUAACUAGGGCUACUAGCUCUUCUUUCUGCUCAUCCAUUGGUGUUAAAUCUUACAACACGCGUCUCCCCACAGUCAUCAGUGUCCUGACGUAAUUUUUACGAGAAGAAAGUACAUUUUGUAUGCAUGAGAAGUUGUCAACUCGAGGCCAACCCCCGCAUUACUUGGCAUCCACACAGGCAAGUCUACGCAGCGGAGGC